AUGCGGUCCCCAACUAAGUCAAAGAAAGUGCAAAGGUUGAUAGGAUGUGUCGCUACCCUAAACAGGUUUAUAUCAAAAGCAACAGACAAAUGCGUCCCCUUCUUCGACGCUUUGAAAGGAAGCAGGCGCUUUGAGUGGAUACCACAAUGUGAAGAGGCCUUCCAAAAAUUGAAGGAACAUUUGGGCAAGCCCCCAAUUAUGUCAAAACCAAACCCCGAUGAAGAGCUUAGCGUAUACCUCUCCAUGUCCCAACAUGCCGUAAGCUCCGUAUUAAUAAGAGAAGAAGAAAGGGUGCAAUUGCCAAUCUACUACGUGAGCAAAAGGCUCCUCGACACCGAGUUGAGAUAUAGCGAAAUGGAAUGCUUGGCCCUCGCCCUAAUGGUAGCUUCAAGGAAGCUUCGGCACUAUUUCCAAUCCCACACAAUACGGCUCUACGUAGAUGGAGCGUUGAGCGAUAACGGGUCAGGAGCCGGCGUCUUGUUGAUAAGCCCAGAAGGCCACAAGAUUACCUCGGCGGUUCAAUUUAAAUUCAAGGCGUCGAACAAUGAGGCAGAAUACGAGGCGCUAAUUGCGGGGUUGCGAUUGGCCAGCCACCUAAAGAUCGAGAGGCUCAGCAUCUUCAGCGAUUCUCAAUUGGUCGUCGGGCAAGUGAAAAAAGAAUACCAAGCGCACGGUGUGAAAAUGGGAGCGUACUUGAGAAAGGUAAAGGAAGAACUCAUCAAGUUUAAAAACUACGAGAUACUUCAGAUACCACGAGCCAAAAAUGCAAACGCCGACGCUCUAGCAAAGCUAGCAUCUUCGAAAGAUUCUGGCACACUAGGGGUCGUUCCCAUCAAAGAAUUGGAGCGGCCGACCAUUGAGGAAAAAGCUAAGGCAUUAAUCGUCCAAACAGAUGAAAAUUGGAUGACGCCACUCAUCCAAUACCUAAUGGACGCACAACUGCCAAGCAAUAAGGACGAAGCUAGAUGGAUCAGAUACCGAGCUGCUAGAUACUUAUUGUAUGAUGGUUUGCUUUACCGACGAGGCUACUCAACACCUCUACAGCGGUGCCUGGAUGAUGCUGAAGCCCAGAAGGUCCUCCGAGAAAUCCAUGAAGGAGUCUGCAGUAAUCAUACUGGGGGACAGUCUUUAGCUCUUAAGGUUUUGAGGCAAGGAUACUACUGUCCCACGCUAAAAAAGGACGCUUUCCAAUACGCCCGACGUUGCGAUAAAUGCCAGAGUCCAUGGCCCUUCGCCAAAUGGGGGGUUGACCUGAUCGGGCCACUACACCUUGCACCUGGAGGCUUUAAGUUUGCCAUCGUCGCGGUAGACUACUACACGAAAUGGGCAGAGGCAAAGGUUUUAACUACGAUCACGGAAGCAGCCUACACCAAAUUCAUGUGGGACAACAUUGUGUGCAGGUUCGGGGUUCCCCACUCAAUAGUAUCUGACAACGGAAAACAGUUCGACAAUGCCUCAACGCGCAGAUUCUGCCACAGUUUAGGCAUUCAGAAAGACUUCUCGGUGCCAGUCCAUCCACAAUCUAAUGGACAAGUCGAGGCGGUCAAUAAAAUAUUAAAGUAUACCCUCAAAAAGAGACUCGACGAUCUAAAAGGGAAAUGGGCCGAGGAACUCCCCAAGGUCUUAUGGGCAUACAGAAUGACGAGCCGAACUACUACGGGUGAAACACCUUUCUCCAUGACGUAUGGCGUCGAGGCAGUGCUCCCUGUAGAAAUCGAAACGCCGACCUUAAGAACCGUCAUCCACAACGACGACGACAACAUAGAAGGCAUGAACAGAGAACUCGACUUAUUGGAAGAAAAGAGGCUCGACUCCCAACUACGCCUCACCGCCUAUCAGCAAAGAGCAGCAUGA